UGUUGAAUUUCUCAUUUUAUCUUUUAGUCGAGUUUUUACAAUGAAAUUAUAGUUAAUUGUCAAAAAUGUGAUAAAUAUAUAUAGCGAUUAAAACCGAAAGGUAAAUGCCUUUUGCUUCAACGUUGAAUAAUUCAGUAAUAAAAAUCGUAUUGCAAUCUGUGGAUACGUAAAUUAAAAGGCAAAUAGAUAAGAACCUGUAAAGCUUCAAACUGACCGCGAAUUCGACUGGUUCCUCGAUUUGUGUUUUAUGGCUCACCUGGUUUGGCGGACGAUGGUCGUGGUCGUGCAUUUUGACAGUUUCCACGCAGGGACUUGUACACUUAUUUGUUCAACUUGAUUCGUUCAACGCUGAUUUGCAUUCAAGGAGUCAGGAAUAUCGUAAUAUGCUUAUUUCUAAAAUUAGACAGCACGUUUGUAACAAUAUGCAAUGCCACAUGUGCUAAAUGUCGCAAGCUCUGCGCGUACUUGCUCGUUGUUUUUCAAUUCAAUCAUAUCCCAUUUGUUGUCGAGACACGUAUGUCUUGUAUGAGAAUGAUAUAUGGGGGAUCGAUUGAGCAUGCGAUGAGUACCCCCGAAGGACAUCCCCGAAAAUAUAAAUAUAUGACGAUAUAUAAUGUCGUAAGUCGGAACAGCGCUGAGUGUAUUGCCGAUACGAUACACGAAUAUAAGACGAAAUUAAAAAAAUAAGUUAAGCUAAAUCAAUCAUUUUCUUAAAUUCUUCGUUUUCUUCUUUUUCAUAAAAUGAGUAAGAGGAAGAUUUCAUAUGAACCGGCAUAUGAUCGCCCAAAUCAGGAUAUUUACGAUUUUCUGAUGGAAUUGGCAUUCUACGAGCUUUAUAAUAAUAAAAUUUAUAAAUUUAACAACUACCGCAAUGCUGCUGAAAUGUUAAGUGCUUUGCCAGGAAGGAUAAAAAAUGCGUAUGAGGCAAUGAAAUUACCUGGUAUAGGAAAAAAAAUUGCAGACCAUAUAAAUGAGUUUCUUGAGACAGGAACACAUAAAGAAUUGCAACAAGUCAAAAAAGAUGACAAGCAAGAUGCUAUUAUCUUGUUAAUGAAAAUACCUGGUAUAGGUCCUGCAAAGGCAGAACAAUUAAUAAGCGCUGGUAUUGAAACAUUGGAAGACCUUAAGCAGCAUGAAGACAAACUUAACAGACAACAAAGAAUAGAAUUAAAGUACUUUGAUGAUUUUGAGAAGAAAAUAACUAGAGAUGAGAUCAUGAGAAUAGAAAAUUUAUUUAAAGAUGCUAUCGAGGAGUUAGACAACAAGUAUCUUGUAACCUUUUGUGGAAGCUAUAGGCGUGGCUUGGAGGAUAAUGAACCUAUCAUUGCUGUUGUAACACAUCCUGAUUACAAGUCAAAUAUUAAAAAGAAGGACACAGAAAUAACCAUGAAAGCAAUUCUUGAAUGUCUUGAAGAUAAAAAUCUAAUCAGAGAAACAAUAUCCCUUGGAGCUAUCACAUUUAUGGGUGCAUGUCGAUUACCUAGACGUAAGAAAGGACCUUUCAGAAGGCUGAAUAUACAACUUGUAUUUUAUGAUCAUUAUUAUUGUGCUGCACUUUAUUAUACGGGAAGUGAAAUAUUUAAUAAGGUUAUUAGAGCACAUGCAUUGGAAAAGAAAUAUAUCCUCAAUAAACAUACAUUGAAAUCUGUAACUACAGGUAAAAUCGAGGAAAUCACAAGCGAAAAGAGUAUUUUUGACAUUUUGGGUUUGUCAUAUGAGUUUCCACAAUGGAGAAAUGCAUAAAUGACGUAAUAUUUUUUUGCUGUAAUGGUACUUGUUCAAUUGAAGAUGUACCAUGUAUUUAUAUCAUAAUUUAAGAUUUAACGGAGAAUAUUCAAAAGGAUAUAUUUGGAUUUUAUAUUAAUUUUUGAAGUAUUUA